UAUAAAUCAAUAUGUUUACGUCUCUUGGAGCUAGGCAAUUGAGCAGAUCCCUGACCAAACCAACUUCUGUAAGGUAUAUGUCCGGAGCAGCCAUGAUUAGAGAUAAAUUCCAACAAGCUUAUGUCGAAAGCAGAACUCAUCAAGAAGUUGUGUUGCCUAAAGAGCCCGAGAACAAGGCUGAAUAUGGUGCUGGAUAUUACCAAAGGUACCAAAAGGGAUUGAAGAAGGGAUAUACUCAUCCAUAUCAUUCAAAGGAAAACCCAAUUCAUGCGUCUUCAAUGCUGCAUCAAUUGAACUUGCUUUCUGACUUAGUUGGCCCGGAGCAAGUAUCUCCUCAUUACGAAAGUUUGAGCAGAUCAAGAAGAGGACUCAUAUUCUUAUUUGCCUAUUUUGGAACGAUCACUACCCUCUCUAGACUUGGUGGGUGGGACCAUAAUGAUUGGAUCAGAGGUUUGAUCUUCCAUCAUGAGUACCUUAUUGCUCUUUAUGUCGGAUAUGCUGAAUUGAGGCAUUUCACUUGGUUGCCAGGACCAAAAUUCACUAUCUUCUAUGAUGUAUUCUCCAAAUAUGAGACAAUGCAGCUGGCUAACCAGUGGAAUGAUACUGCUGAGGAACUUUCCACUCAGUUCUAUCAAAAUACUAAGCGUCAGAUUGAUUACUUCAGCAUCCAUAAUGAAUAUAAAUUUGUUAAGAAGAGAUCGAUGGUCAACUUCAUGACUAAUGAGAGACUCAACUUAGAGAAACAUUUCCAUGAAAGAACAGUUAAUAUGCUUCACCAAAUCCAAGGAUUUGAGCAACAGAAUAUGAAGAAUAAGCUCAAGAGUGUCACUCAAGAAGCCUUUGACGCUACUCUAGCUAAAAUUGAGAGUGACGAAGAAGAUGUAAUUUAUAACCAAUGCUUCGAUGCUGCUCUUGAUGGCAUCAGAAAAGGCAGAAUGGACUUCAAGAUGGACCCAGUAUUGCCAAUUAUGACUGAAGAGUUAUCCUCUCGUGUAUCAGUUCUCAAGAAUUUGACUGAAGAGCAGGAAAAUAGAUUAUUGUCAAUUAAUGAAGACCAAAAGAAGGCUGUUGCUCAAACUGAUGGAGCUGCCAGAGAUACUUAUUUGAGAGCUGUUCCUCAAAUUUCAAGCCAGGGAUUGAAGAAUCACGCUAAGUUCUUGAAGUUUGUUCAUUAUCUCACUGGAAUCAACAGGAAGGACAUCAAAUAA